GAAAAACAGACUCUAAUUUCAAUCAUCUCGUAUUAGUGCGAUAACAUUAGGUCGGUUUGGAAGCUAUCUUAAAGAUGUACGUACUUGCCCUGGUUGUCGGUUUGGUCUACCACGUCACAGCAAAGUUUACCGUAAGGGAUUUGUCUAGUUAUGGAACUGCGCUGUAUCGAACAAUUGAUCCGAGAGUUGAUGAACUAAUAAGAAACUUGGAUCCAUCAUCGGGCAUCCAGCCAUGGCAAUUGGGAAACCUGGUGGGAAGCGAUAUGGCUCUGCCCAUUCCAAAGUUGAACAACGCCCUUGCAGGGAACUCUAGUUCGUACUUUCGUUGGCCAAACGCUACAGUGAUCUACGAAAUGAACGGCUCAUUCAAUAGCACAGAACUUCUUUUCAUCUACGGAGCGAUGCGAGAAUUCGAAAAGUACACAUGCGUACGCUUUAAGAAACGAACCACAGAAGAAGCCUACGUGUCUAUUGACAACUCGCAGUAUGGAUGCUGGGCCGAUGUUGGCCGAGGACGCGGCAAAACUCGGGUUCACCUGCAGCCGGGAUGUGCGAACUCGCUGACAACUCCCGUUCACGAGCUGAUGCAUUCUCUUGGGUUUCACCAUGAGCACAACCGACUUGAUCGGGACAACUACAUUGAAGUUAUCUACGAUCAUAUGAUUCCGGAUCCGUCGGUGUACUUCAACUUUCAGCUGGUCGAUGAGACUGAAACCACCAACUUCAGCGUUCCGUACGAUAUCGGGAGUAUAAUGCACUAUUUGAAUAAUUCGUUUUCGGUUAAACCGGAAAAACUGAUAACAUUGGAGCCGUUGGUUCGGUGGAAUAGUACCUUCGGACAAGGUCCAACUCUUACCAAGUACGAUGCACUAUUGAUAAAUAUUAUGUAUUGUGGAGCUCCGGAACCCACGGAGGCACUUCCCGUACCACAUGAAUGGAUUCCAGCAGAACCGCUGAAAAAACCUAAAACUUCGGUUCCAUUAACGACAACCUUGAGAUCGGUUCAAGUUAAAAAGACUACGGCUUACAUGAAGAUGUCCAAUGAGGCUAAACAACAGAUGGAAGAUAAUCUUAAGAAAAUCUUAAGCUUAAAACGGGGAUAACUGUCUAGAAAUGUGAAAAUAAACAACAUUUACUUAG